AAGCGCGCAAAAAAUCAAUUGAACAAGCGCAAUUAAUUUACAUUUUAGACAUUUUAGAAAAUUAUUUAAAAAAUAUGUUACAUUUGGGUAAACAGUUGGCUAGCAGAGCGCAUAAGUUGAAUAUAAACAGCCCUGCCGCUUUGACUGGAAGCUCAGUACAAAGUCUCACGAUUAGAAAUCAAAACAACAACAGCGACAAGCUUAUGGGCCACAAUCUUUGCCAUAAGCGAUUGUCAAGCAGUCAAAGUUCGAACGUCAACAGCAUGAAGCGUUUAGCUGGUAAAGUUGCCGUGGUCACCGCCUCGACAGAUGGCAUUGGUUUUGCUAUUGCAAAGCGAUUGGCUGAGGAUGGCGCUUCUGUGGUGAUCAGCAGUCGCAAGCAGCAGAACGUGGACAAUGCGCUGGCAGAGCUAAAGAAGCUUAAUCUCAAUGUUCACGGCCUCAAGUGCCAUGUGAGCGAGGCACAGGAUCGCAAGCAACUUUUUGAAGAGACUAUCAGCAAAUAUGGCAAGCUGAAUAUACUGAUCAGCAAUGCGGCUACCAAUCCCGCCGUCGGUGGCGUGCUAGAAUGCGAUGAGCAGGUGUGGGAUAAGAUCUUUGAUGUGAAUGUGAAAAGCUCGUAUCUGCUGGCCAAGGAAGCACUGCCAUAUCUCCGCCAGCAGCAGGGCUCCAGCAUUGUGUUUGUAUCCUCCAUUGCAGGCUACGAUGCCUUUGAGCUACUAGGUGCCUAUUCGGUGAGCAAGACUGCGCUGAUUGGCUUGACCAAGGCAGCAGCAAAGGAUCUGGCGCCGGAGGGCAUACGUGUUAACUGUUUAGCGCCAGGCAUAAUACGCACCAAGUUCUCUAAAGCUCUGUACGAGAAUGAAUCCGCCAAUGAAGCGGCGUUGUCAAAAAUACCGAUGGGACGUUUGGGCACCAGCGAGGAAAUGGCAGGCGUUGUUUCAUUUUUAGUCUCCGAGGAUGCAGGCUACAUUACAGGCGAGUCCAUUGUCGCCUCCGGUGGCAUGUCGGCGCGACUUUAAAACGUUUCUUUAAACAAGCAUACAUAUAUUAAUGGAUUACGCUUCUUAUAGCCUAGAUAUAUAACAAAAUUGUUUACAAA